CUCCAUUUGCAGAUGACCUUAGCAAACACUCGGAUAUUGAUCUUUCGACAAACAAGUGGGUGGGAAUUUAGGCAAGUGUGUGGAUCUAACCGACCUAGCCACCGUCUUGUGCUCUUGAAGGUGGCGCUUGGGGGAGGUCCACGAUGUCUCAGUUGCUCGAUUCUCCGCGAUUAACCACCUACACGUGCGGAAUACAGCGCUGUGAUUCGUCGCCUAUCAUCAGCCUUCAGCCUCGUGAACAGUAAUCCCCUUAAACGUGAGGGAACACGAGGAAAUAGCUUAAGAAGCCUGAGUCAGUAGUAGCUGGUUUUAUUGGCCCCUAGACGGACAGCUAGCCCUGUUUGACGUCCGCUGUCGAUCAUUUUGAUCAAUUUUCGAAUCCACGAUUGCCAAUGACGGAAGUGUCACACUGUUGACCACGACAACUUUACAAUUUUUUUCUCCUGCAUCGGUCUAUAAGCUGAUACUUUCCCCUGGCUAUGCGACUUGUUCCCUUCCAUCAGGAAUAGCUCUCUUAGAGCACCGUAAACGGUCAAAUAUGGCUCCAAAUCAACUAACCUGGUUAUGGGCUGUUCCCAGCCUACUGGCGAGUUUCGUCAUAGGUGCGCCAACUACUACCGGAGGUCAAUACGUCCUGCAGGCAGGCAAAGAUGGUAGACCACUCACAUCGCAGCGCCAGUUGCACGGCAGAUUCCUCCAUAUAACAGAUCUACACCCCGACGAAUUCUACAAAGUGCACACAUCUACGGAGGAGAAUAUCGCAUGCCACCGAGGUCAUGGCCCAGCUGGCACUUAUGGCGCAGAAACGUCUGAUUGCGAUUCUCCCCUGGCAUUGGUAGAUGCAACUCUCGAUUGGAUUACGGCCAAUUUGAAAGACUCGAUUGAUUUUGUCGUUUGGACUGGCGACUCUGCCCGCCAUGACAGCGAUGAGAAAACACCCCGCCAUAAUAAAGAUAUUUUGGCCAUGAACCGCAGAAUCGCGGAUUCAUUUGUCAAGACAUUCUCCGACGAUAAAGGAUUAGUAGUUCCUGUCGUCCCGACAUUUGGCAAUAAUGAUAUAUACCCGCACAACGUAUUGAUGCCAGGUCCAAACGACAUUUUGAGGGCUUAUACCGAUGUUUGGAGGGCCUUCAUCCCAGAAGAUCAACGACACUCGUUCGAAUUUGGAGGAUGGUUCUACGUUGAAGUUAUCCCCAACAAGCUCGCUGUCUUUAGUCUUAAUACUUUAUACUUUUUCGAUCGCAAUGCCGGAGUUGAUGAUUGCGCACACCCAAGCGAGCCCGGAUACCAGCAUUUCGAAUGGUUGCGAAUCCAAUUACAAUUUCUACGAGAGCGCGGCAUGAAGGCUAUACUUAUGGGACAUGUUCCUCCCGCUAGAACUUCCGGCAAGCAAUUAUGGGACGAGACAUGCUGGCAGAAAUACACUCUCUGGCUGCAGCAGUAUCGCGACGUCGUCAUUAGCUCUCUAUAUGGUCAUAUGAACAUAGACCAUUUUCUUCUGCAAGAUACAAAGGAGAUUGACUUUUCCUACCUUGAAUCUACGUCUAGUCAGCGAGCAAGCAUUCGCGAGACCAUGGAAGACGAAAUUUCAGUUGAGUCUAGCAAAGAUUACCUCAUGGAAUUGCGAGAGGAUUGGGCCAAACUACCGGACCCCGUCCAGACCCAGGACUUCGGAGAGUUUAAGAAAAAGAAGAAGGGAAACAAGAAGAAGAAGCUCGGUGGUCCAUGGGCGGAGAGAUACCAACUCACUCUCAUCAGCCCUAGCGUUGUCCCAAAUUACCUUCCAACUCUGAGGGUCUUCGAGUACAACAUCACCGGUAUCGAGGAUACUCCGACAUGGGUAGAUACAGUUCGCAAGUCGGGUGUGCAAAGUACUUCUGCACCUGACUUUGAAAUGCAUUCGCUAGAACUACGCGGCGAACCUAACGUAGAAAUUGAGAAGAAGAAGAAAAAAAAGAAGGGAAAGCAUGGCAAGGACCCUAAUAUCCCCCCUGUGCAAAUUCCAGAUGCGCCAGCAAAGGGAAGUCUACCAGGUCCGGGAUACUAUCCCCAACCCUUGACACUCAAAGGCUACAUCCAAUACUAUGCCAACUUGACCAUGAUUAACAAUGAUAUUACCGCGGACAACAUUGACGGGGAUGAGUUGUCGUCUUCUAAGUGGGACGCGGGAAAGCAUAAGGACAAGAAGCCGAAAUACACCAAACCACAACCAAAAGAGUUUGGCUACGAGAUCGAAUACACUACAUUCGACGACAAGAUCUACAAGCUGAAAGACUUGACCGUCAAGAGCUUCCUACGCCUUGCCCACAGAAUAGGGCAGACCUCCACCGAGUCCACUGGACUUGGCGAGAUAUACGAUGAUUAUGAAGAGGAGAAUGACGAUGAUGAAGUCGUCGAUAAUGAAGUAGAAGAUGUCGAGUCCAUUGAUGAAGAAGAAAACUCAGACGGCCUUGAUGCCGAGAAGAAGAAGAAGAAAAAGAAGGGAGGCCAUAAGAUGAGAAACACGAAGAUAUGGCUCCAUUUCUUGAAACACGCGUUCGUCAGCACGAAAAGCAUCGAUGAACUCAAAGACAUCAAAUAAUCCUAAACAACCUAAGGGAUAGAGGGGACAGAGGGAAUUAAAUGAAUUAAGUUCGUUUGAUCUAGGGAGUUAUUGUCUUUCGUUAUUUUACCUAUAUCUCUUUCGGUUUCGCAUGGCAUGAGAGCGGCGCACAUUGGUUGGUAUACCUAGGGGUUAUGACGGCGACGUUGGGUAUAUACCUAUCCAACGUCUUUGAAUGAAUGAUGGGAAGCGGGCACAGCAUUGGCGGAUUCGGUAUAUCAUAUGCUUUACACGCACUGCACUGCAUUACAUACAUUGCAUCGCAUCGCAUCGCAUUACACGACACGGAAUUUAGGUACGCAUCUAGAUCCUAGAUUUAGAUUAUUAGGACGGUGUUUAAGGCGACGAGCUAUGGAUGUGUUUUGAACAUAUUAGAUAUUAGUGUGUGCUUCAUUUGGUUCGGCUUGGUAGUUAUGGAUGAGAUAGCAUCGUAUAGCUAAGACACGGCGCGCAUUUUAUGACAUGUGGA